CUUCUGCUGUGCUAGCUUCACGUGCUUAUCGAUCGUAUUCCCUCGGCGUUUUCUGCCUCAUGAUAUAAGUUGGAGGCGGUAAAGCCACCUUCCAAUCGUCCGAAGCUUAAUAUAUAUAUAUCUGUUCGAGAAUCCACGACAUAUACAUGGCCUCCACUUUGUCUGCUAGGAACCAUAGCGGCAUGAACCAACGGUUCAGUCUCUUGAACCCGAACGCCCAGUCAUUCUGGCCUGAACAGAAGGUACUAUUCCCCACAAUCAUAGGCUUCUCCCACCCUCCACCGCUUCCGCUCCUGCCAUCCCCGUUUCAGUCGUGGCAGCCGGUUGUUUACAGAUUCCACGACCUCUCAACUUAUGGGUAUCCUUUAGCCGGCCCUUAUGGAUCGGACGGAUCGGUACUUUACGAUACUUGCUCACAGCCUCAGCCUGUUUAUGAGGUUUCAAAUUCUGUUGGCUGUUUCGGGAACGAUUGUGAGGUUGAAACGGUGGCGGAGAAGUUGAAUGCUCUCGAGGUGCAGGAAACUUUUGGUUGUGGGGUGACGGUGGAUAGAAGUCCAAGGGGGCGGCUGCUUAGACCGAGGUUUUCAAGUAGAAAGUCCACUGUGAGUCGCAGAGGGAAAUUAUGGAUGCCCAAGAAGGGCCUAAAAAACUCCGACAUGUGCACGUCCGAUGGGAACAGUGGUGGCGGUGUUGGUGGCUCAAGAUCAGCAUGCAAGGAUAUGGACGAACAAUUUAGGAGGGGUGCUUCGUAUAAGAAGAGCGGUGGUUUUGGUCGCAUUAUUCCCUUCCCUGGCAUGGUGGAAGAAGUCGUAAGCACUGAAAGAACCACUGUGAUGAUCAAGAACAUCCCCAACCAAUUUAAAAGGGAUGACUUGAUGGCUAUACUAGACAAGCAUUGUAAGGAUGAGAAUCUGAAAUCAGAGUCGCGUACGUGCAAGUCCGCGUACGAUUUUGUCUACUUGCCGAUGGAUUUCAUGAAAUCUUGGUAUCAGCGUAAGAUUUCAAAUUUGGGGUACGCUUUUGUGAAUUUCACAAACGCUAUUGCUGCAUUCAAAUUCUUCAACUCCUUCCACAAACACGUAUGGAUGGUCUCGGAGAACAGCAAAACUUGUGAAGUUACUCUUGCCGAGCUUCAGGGGAAAGAAGCCCUAAUAAACAGUUUCAAGAACCGACUUUUCUGGUGUGAUCGUCAUUCGUUCCUCCCUGUGGUUUUACACCCACCGAGGGACGGUUCGUCGAACGACAGCGUGGCUACAACGGUUGGCGUGCUUGUAGCACGGGUACCCCCGAGACGUCUCAGGAAGUGUUCCUGAAACAGUGGAACGUCCACUUAGCGCCGCCGUUUAGUCUACUCUCUUGUCUUCCUCUAGUUCACCUGUAUUUUUAUCCUUGCUGUGUGGUGAAGAUUGUCCCCGAUCGGAAGUUUUUCAUAAGGAUCUGGCUUUGCCUUCUCUAGCAAUCGGCGUUGAAUGCUAGACUUUGUUAGUUGCAUGGGGAACUGAACUGUGUCGUUUUUUCGGUUAAGGGCUAUAUAUAUAUUGUUCACGACUCGGUGUAUGUUUUAUUUUUCGACUGUCUCUUUCAUCGGGAGAUGAUCAGCUUCAGAGCUUCGGUGUUUUCAUUCUCCCCCUGGGAGAAGGGUUUGGUAAUCGCCCAAUCUUCUGGGGUGAAUUGGAAACAUGGGUUUAGGUAAAUUGUCGACGUUGUGGAUGUAAAUUGAUUAUGUUUGUUUUAGGAUGAUCUCUCUAUCAUAUAUGGGAGGACCAACGUUGUAUAUUUAAAGUCAUGUACGAUUUUGAGGUUUGUUUCAAGAUUUACGUAUCAACUUCUAAUUUACUGGUC